AUUGAGUGUAAAAGCUGUGGUUCCUGUAGUCCACAGCUGGACCUCCUCGGCGCUGGAGAACCACAGAAACGCUUUAAAUUCGCAAAACAAACAAAACAAAAGAUCCUGAAAGUCAAGAUGGCGGACGAGCAGGAGCUCCUGAGCAAGCUGGAGAACAUUAAAGAGAUCCGGAAUAAGAUGGUGCAGAUGGAGAAGCUGAAGGCGCGUCUCCGCUCCGAGUUUGCAACGCUGGAAUGUGAGGAAAAACACCUGCGAGAGUACAAACAGGAAAUGGAGCUGCUGCUGCAGGAGAAGAUGGCGCACGUCGAGGAGCUCCGCCUCAUCCACGCCGACAUCAACGUGAUGGAGAACACGAUAAAACAGUCGGAGUGUGAUCUGAACAAGCUGCUGGAGUCGACUCGGAGACUGCAUGAUGAAUACAAACCGCUGAAGGAGCACGUUGAUACCCUGAGAGCGGCGCUCGGCCUGCGGAAACUUCCGGAACUCAGCCGGGAGGAGGAGCGGCUGUCCCUCAAUUACUUUGAUAAGCAGAAAGCUGAGUGGCAGACUGAACCUCUGGAGCUUCCAAUCCCAGAGUCCUUAGCAGCGGUGACAGCAGCAGCCCAACAGCUUCAGGCGGCGAGGAAACAAGACUCAAGACAACCGGCAACAACGUUCCGACAACAACCGCCACCCAUGAAGGCGUGUCUGUCGUGUCAUCAGCAGAUCCACCGGAACGCCCCGAUCUGUCCUCUGUGUAAAGCCAAGAGCCGUUCACGCAAUCCCAAAAAACCCAAGAGGAAACCCGACGAGUAACACACACGCACACACUUUAAUUACACUGUUGAUUGCCACUAAAGUAACACACUCCUUCUGUAAUCUUUCCUCUUUUUAUGUUUUUAUCAUUUCAGUUUUAUAUUCAUGUCAUGUCGAGAAUCUCUUCCAGAAACUCGUUACUUGGAUGAAAUGGAAAUUUUUUAUUUUAUUUUGUGUUUAAUCUUAAAACUAUGGGAAAACCUGAAUAACAAAUAAAACUCCUUCCCUUUUGUGGUGUGUGUUCAGAGACGGUGAGUGUAUUCUGGAUGAUUUUGCUGCUCAUGAAGGAAAGUCCUCAUUUUUUAUUUUUAAAUGAAGUUGCCUUCUUGUGUUAUUAUUUUUCUAAAUUGUUUUUAUAUGAUUUCUUUAUGAAUGUGUAUAUUUAACUAAUAGUUCAGUUCAUUUUUGGAAUUGUAUUUCCUUUUAUUUCUAAUAUUUUUUCACUCCUCUUCAGGACACCAGUAAGAGUAAAAGUUUUAA